AUGCAAAUAUCCCACAACCUAGCUGGACCGGACAAUAAUUGCAGUCUUUUCUUAGAGAAAGGAAAGCAUGGUAAUGAAUCUCAUGGACAAUUAGAAGAUUGGGAUGCGGAAGCUGAAGCUGAAACCGAAGCAGCUGCUUCUGCUGUUGCUGUUGCUGCCAUUGGUAGUGAUGAGACUAUUGGAAAUAGGUUGGGUACUUGUUCUGUCUCAGUUUCAGAUGCUAAAAGUUUUGUAGCUGAAGAUAUUGAUAGGGUAGUAGCAGCAGGAGUAUGUCGUGAGCAACAAUCUGCUAGCCAAUCCAGAUCUGAGGAGCCUCUUAGUAAUUCUUCAGGCCAGAUGAUCUCACAUUUUCCUGCCGUCCCUCCUCAUUUUCCUUCUGGCCCACCUUCUCAUUUUCCUUUCUAUGAAAUGAAUCCUAUGAUGGGUGGUCCUGUGUUUGCUUUUGGACCACAUGAUGAGUCUGCAUCUACAACACAGUCGCAACCUCAAAAAACUACCGCACCAACAUCAAGGCCAAUUGGGGGCUGGCAACAGGGUCAUUCUGGCGUGGAACUUUUAUGGUCCUCCAACAGGAUUUACUGGACCUUUUAUUGCUCCGCUUGGAGGAUUCCAGGAGUCCAAGGGCCUCCACACAUGAUUGUUUAUAACCAUUUUGCACCUGUUGGACAAUUUGGUCAAGUUGGCUUGAGUUUCAUGGGUACAACUUAUAUCCCCUCUGGAAAGCAGCCUGGUUGGAAACACAUCCCUACAACUUCUGCGGCAGGGACUAGUGAAGGGAAUAUGAACAAUAUGAAUUAUGACAUCUUCUCAGAGGAAUCCUGCUAG